AUGGCUGAGCCUCUUGCUGUCGCCACCUCUGUCGCCGGAGUUGUUGGAAAAGCUGAUCAGGUGCUAAAGGCAGUGAGAGAGGGACGACAAGCCGAAACCCCUGAGGUCAUUGAGGAGUUUCGAGAUUGGGCUCGACACAAUGCUGUGUACGAAUGGCGAGCCCCGGAUGAAGAGCAGCAUCGCGACUUCGUCCCCGCCCCUCUAGUCCGCCAAUAA